AUGGCUGCUCCGUCCAUACCAAAUCUCCUCUCCUCAAGAGCCACCGGUCGCCCCGGAGGCCGUGGAGGCAGGGGAAGACGGCAGCCCCCUCCGUCCACGGGGCCAUCACCAGAUGCCGCCAUUCAGGGUACAGAUACCGAUGCGGCCGUCUCCCGGUUGAGUGCCGUCGACCAGGGCUAUCUGGAGGAUCCCUACGCGCGGUACUUCGUCACGGGGCCGCCGACAAGACGCCUGCCCAUCAUCAAUCGAGGCACGUAUAUGCGGACCAGGGCCCUGGAUGCCAUGAUAAACGCCUUCCUUUCACACAAUGGCUCCUCACUGAAGCAAGUCAUCUCUCUUGGUGCCGGAACGGACACGAGACCGCUGCACAUGCUGCAGAGACCGGGCGCCCAAAAUCUCGUCUAUCACGAAAUCGACUUUGAAACUACGUGCCGCCGCAAGUUGGCCAUCACCCAGUCAUCGCCCGGCCUGUGUCGCAUAUUCAAGGACAUCAUCAUUCACCAAGGCGGAUCCUGGAGUGCCGAGCCCCCCCAGGGCGGCGAGUAUCACUGCCACGCAUUCGACCUGCGCAACAUAUCCAAGGCCAUGACACAGCUUCCCUCCCACGUCCGCAGCGACGUCCCGACCUUGCUCCUGUCCGAGUGCUGCCUCUGCUACUUGACGCAGCGAGACUCCGAAACCGUCCUACACUUCUUCAGCUCCAAGAUAGAUAGCAUAGCGGCUUUGCUAUAUGAACCGAUGCCGCUACACGACGCAUUUGGCGACAUGAUGGUCUCCAACCUCGAAGCUCGACACAUUCACAUGCCUUCCCUGCAAGCGUACAGAGACCACCACGGCCAGCUAGCGAGGUUACGGGACUCGGGAUUCGACAGUCUUGGCUACGCCACGAUUGGAAAUACCUGGAACGAAUGGGUUGACAGCAAGGAGAGGGAGAGAGUAGAUGGGUUAGAGGGCCUGGACGAGGUCGAGGAAUGGAACCUCCUGGCCGCCCAUUAUGUCGUCGUCUGGGGGGCAAGGGGGGGUGCUGCAUUCGGUCCCUUGCAAAAAUUUUGGGCCAUGGGAACCAAUCCGUAG